AUGCUCGAAAAGAAAGAAACUACGUACAGGAGCCUUAAGCGCAUUGACUUUGCUAGGUUUCGUGAAGACAUCAAGAACUUGAAUCUGCUAAAUAAUGACAUUGCAUCAGUAGCCGACUUGGUUGAAGCGUACAACGCGAAAUUAGCCUCGCUACUUAAUGAUUAUGCUCCUCUUAGAAAUAAGGUUGACCCUAUUCCUGCAAUAGUUCUAGAGGAGUGUCUCCACGAUUUAAUACCAGUAAUUACUAGACUAGUCAACAGGCUUCCUCCACCCUCGAAAUAUCAGCCAUAUAAGGAAAUAUAUCAGUCACCAUACAGCAGAAAAACUUACGCACGCUUUCAUUACUUUCAGACUGGACUUCUGUAAUUCACUUUUGUAUGGACUGCCAAAACAAACUAUCAAGCGGCUUCAGCAUGUUCAAAAUGCAGCUGCCAGAAUGGUUGCACUUACACCCAAACAUGAACAUAUAUCACCUGUAUUACAGGAACUGCAUUGGCUUCCUGUAGAACAGCGCAUAAUUUUUUAAAUUCUUUUGAUGACUUUUAAAUGUCUAAAUGGCAUAGCACCUUCAUAUUUGUUUGACUUAGUUACCAGGUAUAUUCCAGGUAUAUUCCAGGUAUAUUCCAGGUAUAUUCCUAAGCGCAACUUAAGAUCUGCUGAUGUCCAUCAAACAAAAAUCUGCACAAUCAAAAAUUGCAGUCUUUCUCAACUGGUUGGAGUACUUUAAGUGGUCAAAUCAACUUCAAUGAAUAAACGACGCAAGCUCCACAAUCUAGCUAAGUUUCUUGAAGUAUUUAAAGUAGUCAUACUAUUUUAAUUGAUUCCAGUUAUUGAAUAGUCAAACCACAGGAGACAGUUAAACUUCACGGAUUGCAAAAUCUUUUUUAAUUGGUUGAAGUAGCUGAAAUGGUUAAACUGCACAGAUACUUCAGCUGCACGGAAUGCAUAACUAGCUUAAAUGGUUCCAUUGCAUAAUCUGGCUUAAGUGGUUAAACUAGUUAAGAUAGUAGUUAAGUAUUCUGGGCUUUCUACGCAUAUUUACCAGAUAUCAGUGAUUUUGUGUUGUUAUUAUUGCACGGUAAUUUUGCGCUGACUUUUUCAUAUAAUACUUUUUAUUUCUUGGAAUCCAUACGCUAUCCUAAUUCUUAGAAAUUCUAUGAUUUUUAUCUAAUGUAUUGGUAUACAUAGAAUCUCAGGAAAUAUAUUCAGAUCAUAGUAACUAUCAAAGUAGUCAAGAUAGUGGUUAGAUAUAUGAUAGUCAAGACGAUUAUUCAGAUACUAGUAACAGUUACAAUAGUAGCUUAAUAGAUUAUAGUGAACUGGAUGAUAUUCUGAUUACUUUGAUGAUCAAGAGAAUUUACGUACAAAAUGUUUAUACAAAAUAUUCAUAACUAAUAUUUACACAAGAUAUGCAAGAAAUUUUAAUGACGGCAACACGUUAGAAACAGAAGAGGAAUUACGUGAUAUGAAAUAUAUUUUAACGAAACCAAGGAUAGCCCCUGUUGAUAUUUAAACACAUAAUAUCUAUGUAAUACCAUCAUAUAAUGUAUUGCAUAAAAUAUUUCAUAAUGAAUUAAAUGAGGUGAUGUGUCCCUUCUGUUAUAAGGAAAUAAAGGAACGAUCAAUCCUAGUAGAAAAAUGUUGGGAGAAAUAAUGCUUGGAGAAUAAAGACUAUGUGAUUGUGUGCACCAAUUGCAGGCAAGUAGAUGACUAUGAACGAUUGAAAGAGUCUUGUAACUUCCAUUAUAAUAAUUGUAAGAUAGUUCGGUCAAUAAGUCUCAGGAAAUACUAUCUUAAUAAGGUAAUACUUAAUAUAACCAAAAAGUAUGACAUCAUUAUAACCACCAAGAACAAAAAUAAGAUCAUAGCAGACUUUCAAAAGAGAAACAAUAUAUUACCACAGAUCAAUGAUAAUAGAAAGCGCAUGAUUAAUAUCAAUUUUAUCAUGAUAUUUAAUGAAUGCUAGUUAAUAUAGAUAUACGUAAAGUUACUAAAUCAAAGAAAACCCUAUGAUAUCAUCACAACUACUUGAACGAUAUAUUGAAAGUAACUAGUUAUGAAUACAACAUAACACGUAAUAAAUAAUUCAUCACAGAUAAACUACUUGUUGUACUGUUGCUCAAAAGCAUCAACCGGUGGACACAUGUCUAUGAUAAUAUUAUAUGCAGCUUUCAAUAGGUCCGGAUGACUUUCUUUAUGAAUGACACUCCUCUUAAAAAGGGCCUUAAUUCAAUUAGUGUCAUUACAUAGGUAGUAAAAGCAAAUCGACAUAAUUCGAUACUCUUUUUAAAAUCUUUCUUUCCUCAGGGCGUUUUUAAUAUCAAACCACUACAAGGUAUAAUUUUAAAAUCUUUCAUUCCUCAGUACGUUUUUAAUACCAAAGGAGUACCAGGUAUAAUGCCAAGUACAAUGGGAUUCGUUAUUACCCUUUCAGCUACAAUACCACCUACUAUUAAACAAGACGAUGACAAAUUGCGUAACAGAUUUAGUUUCUUGAACCUCUAAAAGGCUUUUUGAAGAAUCGUAGCUCCUCGUGUUAGCAUUUGUAUAAUGAUGUAGUUUCAUUUAUUGCGUUUUUGUUUAGUGAUUUAUCUAUUUGAUUGAAGUUUGUAACACUCCUCUUUUUGAAGCUCAUUUAUAAUAUUUUUAUAUGUUCAGAUUUUUUUAAAUCAUUAGUUGUGCACAAAGCCCACCAUCGAGAGUGCCAUUAUCUACACCAAGUGAUGUGGGGUGACCAGUAAAUGAUCGAAAUAUUCCAAAACAUGUAACAUCUAUCUAUUUAUUGUUCGUGUUUUGAGUGACUGCGGUGUAUCACUUACUAAUACAUCAGGGAUUAUCACAUGCUUUGUAGUAGAAAUGUGUUGCAGGCCCUUUGCAACCAUAUCUUUAAUUAAAUUCAUAUAUUCCACCCACAUCAAACGUUAAUUUGUCACUAUCUAAUGUGAAAUGUAAAUCAUGAGAGAGAGAAAAGAAAGGAUUAAUAAGUUAUUUAUCGGCUUGAGGUAGUGAUGGACGUCUUUGGUUAUGAAUACUGCCUAGCCGGAAAAGCGAGAUAUAUUCAGAAAAAUGGCAACGGAAGAAGGGAUGUACUCGGUGACUCACGAAAGCAUUACCGUAGCCCCUGGGCAGAGAUAGGAAAAUACUGA